AUGGACAAAAAGAAAGAGUACGAAGAAGAAAUUGGAAGUAUACUAAGAAAGGUAAUGGAAACAAGUUAUCAAAGGAAAAGGAACUCAGAGAAGAUCUUGUCUUUAUUGAAAAGUAUCCGGGAAGAGACAGAACCAGAAGAAGUUAGUCAGUCACUUAUAACCGAGUAUAUGUCACUUAGGGAAAGAGUCUUAAAGAAUCUGGGCGUAAAUGAGAAGUAA